AUGAACCACACAUCUCUUGGAUUUGAAGAGCCCCUCGUCUCCGAUACCCCGCGGCCGUUUCCGGAGCAAUGCGCGCGGAUACAUGACCGUAUAGACGCGUUCCUGGGCGCGAAGGAUGUGUCGGACCGCGUGAAGAGCGUGCAGAAGCAGACACGUAUAGCGCUGGAUGUGAUAGAGAAGGCAUUGGAGCAGUACAGUCUUCCCGAGCUGUCUCUCGCAUACAAUGGUGGGAAAGACUGCCUUGUGCUGUUGAUAUUGUAUCUCUGCGCUCUGCACAAACGCGGGCUCAUCUCCUCGACCCCCUCAUCAAAUAUCGAUUCUGCGGUACAAUGUGUCUACAUACAGGACAAGCAUCCCUUCAAAGAGGUGGAAGAGUUCGUGGCAACGAGCAUUGAGACUUAUUCACUAUCUCUUCUUGAAUACGCUAAGCCUAUGAAGGAGGCCUUCACCGAUUACCUGCGCGACACACCAUCUGUCAAGGCCAUAUUAGUAGGGACACGGCGAACAGAUCCGCACGGCGAGCACUUGAAGCACUUCGAUCCCACGGACAAGGGGUGGCCUGCCUUUGUGCGGGUACACCCAGUCAUAGACUGGCAUUACGUAGAUAUUUGGACAUUCAUACGAUACCUGAACAUACCCUACUGUCCUCUUUACGACCGCGGAUACACAUCCUUGGGCGGAACUACGGACACCCACCCGAACCCCAAGCUCGCACGACAAGCUUCGGCGAGUCAAAUACCUCAAGUGAGCAAAGCGAAUGGCACAUCGACACCGAAGUUCAGACCAGCAUACGAGCUCAUUGACGACUACGCGGAGCGGCUAGGGAGAGACAGAUAG